AUGAAUCUCUCCGCAGAGCAGCAUAAAGCAGGGCUGCGUUUUCCUCGCUUGCUGCCGUAUGAGAACGGAUCAAUGGGUGGCGCGGGGAAGACGGGUGACUCGCAGGACAGCGCUGAGUGGGAGAGGCUGUUCCUGCUGACCAUCCGCGAGCCCACCACCAUCGCUCUCACGGUCAUGUAUGCCCUCUCCUUCAUGGUGGGAUUCAUCGGGAACAUCAUGUCCAUCAGGGUGCUGACCAGCAAGCGGAGCAAACGCCUGGCAGGGGUGAGCACCACCCGCAGCCUGCUAAUCAACCUGGCCGUGUGCGACCUGAUGGUGGUGUGCGUCUGCAUGCCCAUCACCCUGGGAACCACGAUCUACACGGCCUGGGUGUACGGGGACUUCCUGUGCAGGGCGGUGCCCUUCACCCAGGCCGUGUCCGUGUCGGCCAGCGUCCUCAGCCUGACCGUCAUCAGCGUCAACCGCUACUACAGUGUUCACAGCCCCCUCACCGCCCGGUCCUUCUUCACCUGGAGGAAGAUCUUCUGGACUAUCGUGGUGGUGUGGGUGCUGUCCUCUGCCAUCUGUAUGCCCCUGAUCUUCAUGAACGAGCGGGUCGAGUUCCGGCCCAUUGAGGACCUCCCCUUCGUCUUCCACGUGUGCCAGGAGAAAUGGCCUUACGAGAGGCUAAAGCAGGUCUACAACGUCCUGCUGUUUGUCACCCUCUACUGUCUCCCGGUCACCUUCAACCUGAUCAUCAGCUUCCUGACAGGACGGAAGCUGUGGAGCACUUCCCGGCACUUCUCUGAGCUCGACUCCCGCAGCCGGGCCGUCCACUCCUCGCGACUAAAGACCCGCAAGAACAUCGCCAAGAUGGUGGUGGCCCUGGUGCUGCUGUUCGCCAUCUCCUGGCUGCCCCUCUACGUGGCCGACAUCUUGAUCGACCGCGAGCAGCGGCCCCCGCCCUGGAUCUUGAAGCUGCGGCCCUUCGCCCAAUGGCUGGGCCUGACCAACUCCAGCCUGAACCCCAUCUGCUACUGCUUCAUUGGAGACUUGUACCGCUCGGCCAAGGUCAUCAAAAGCAGGUACCACCAGAGGAUCAUCUCCUUCUUCAGCUCAUCCUUCACAGACGAGCAGACUACCUCCACGCCCCUGCCCAAUAUGCUGUCCUUCAAAGGGCCGGAGGCUGGGGUGCCUGGGGAAACCAUCAGUCAGGUGACAGAGGAGCACUUCUCUGACUGGUGCCCUCACAGUACUGUGUGUGAGACUCCAACCACCACCAGCCAGCAGAUGUCUCUCCAAACACUCUCGGGCAGGAGGGGCUCCAGGGGCAUGUCUGAUCAGACAGGACUCUAGCCUAUCAUUGUAAUCAGUGCUGCUGUGGUGCAGUAGUCCCCUCUUCACUCAACAUGCUCAUAACAGAUUGCUGUCGUGCAGCACACCGUCUCUCGACGUUCUGCACAGACAUCGGUCUACAACCUGCUUGCCUUUUUGUUAAAUUUCUAUAGACACUUGUAAUUUUACCACAACUGGUAAAACGAAAACAUCUCUAUAAGGGAACGCAUCGUAAUGAGUUAUUGAUUUUGUAAAUUGAAUUUACAUUAUGCUGUAGAAUUGACAAUUUACUGUAAUGCUUCAUACUUAACAAUCAUGAGUAAAUUAUCUUUGAUAAUUUACUUUGAUAAUUUACUCAUGAUGACUGACUGCUGGAUGACUGCUGGAUGUUGAUGUAUGUAUAUAUGUACAUAGUUAAAUUCAUACAUGUGAAAAAAUCACAAUUGUAAUGUAUUCAGUGUUCAUGUCUAACAUUUUAUUUCUUGGGUGUUUUAGCCAUUGUUUCCAGUGUUAA